UUUUCUUACAAUUGGGGCUCAACAAUAAUUUAAAAUGCCCAUUAUUGAAAUUGAAAGAGAUUCUAAAUCCAAAAAACAUCAAUUAACUUAUUGCUGUCCAGCCAAGCAAUAUUUCAACAAUAAUACUGAUAAUCUGGUAAAAACUUUAAAAAUUGUACCCAGAGUUAUUAUUUACAAAAAGAGCUUAAAAGUCAAUAACAGCUACGAGUCCAUUAUAAAUAUAACCAAUAAAGGUCUGUAUAAACGACGUUUAAUAUAUUCUACGGACAGUAGUGAUACCACUGUACGCGUAUAUCCCACCGAAUUAACUGACAACUUUCUGCAACCCGAUCAAGCAUUACAAAUAACUGUGCGUAUUGAACCUAUAGCUAAAUCAAAUAUAAAUCGACGUCGUCAUGUAUUUUUAAGCAGCCAACAUCCAAAUAUGAUAUUUUCUAUACCCAUAAUAAUAUUGACCAAAGAUGAUAAUCGUAUUUCCUUGCCAUCCAGCCUAAAGUUUGCCCCAACAACUGCUGAAAAUUUCACUUAUUAUGAAAUGAUACUGUAUAAUAAAUCUGCUAAAAAGUUGCAAUUUAAUAUCAAGUGCUCAAAUUUAAAUCUUACAGUUCAAGCCAAGUCAUUUAAUAUUUUAAAGAAAGAUUAUAGUAAAAUAUUAUUAAAACUUUAUUGCAAGGACUGUGCAGUUGUUGAUGAUUGUCUGAAACUGAAAUUUAAUAUGGGUGACAAUUUUGAUAUACCCUUUAGACAUGAACCCUUACAAUGGUCUUUAUUUAUUGAUACAAUAAAUAUUAAUUUUGGUAGUUUACGAUUUAAACGUGAAGAAAGUACAGAAUUUUCUAUAUGCAAUGAGUCUCUCAAUGAUAUUGUAUUUUAUGUGGACUUUAAUUCAAUGGAGGCUGAUGCCCAGAAAGCUACUAAACCAACAAUUCAAAAAUCAAAUAAUUCACAAAUUGAGUUCAAUGAUAUGAAAAUAAGUGAUAAAGGCGAAAUUCUAAAUCAACCUAUUGACAAAUUUCCAUUUAGACACUUUGAAUUUAAACCGAAUUGUUCUACCAUACCAGCAAAUUCUUCCUAUUCUGUACAAAUAACUUUUCGUCCUGUUAUGCACAAGGAUUUCCUACCAACUGACGAUGAUAUUCCACCAUUUAGUAUAGUAUCUGGUCUAACGAUUUCGUGGAAAGCUGAACAAAGAAACAUUUGUUUAAGGGGUCAAAUAAUGGGACCUGAAAUUGAAAUAUUGCCUGCAGUCCUUGAUUUGCGUCAAGUAUAUUUUGGUGAAGAACAUUGUGCUCAGAUUAAGGCAGUUAAUUGUGAUGAUAUGUGCGAUGCUCAUGUGAAUUUAUACGAUGUAAUAAAUCGGGACACAGCUCAUAUAUUUGCAACACCAAACGAAGGUUUAACUUUAAAACCCCACCAAAGUGGCAUAUUUCAAAUACAAUUUUAUUGUACAGUGAUUGGGAAAUUUAUGGUCAAAAUGGAAUUUAAAGUAAAGAAUGGUGGCAUUUAUUCAAUGAUUAUAAAGGGAUAUUCUAAACAUGUACGCGUUAAAUGUUUUCCCGACAUUAUAGAUUUAGGAGUUACACCAAUCGCUAUGCCUCAAAAGCGUUUAGUAUUACUAAUGAAUCCUUUGACGGUGCCUUUAACUGUACAAUGUACUGUAAAAGAUGAUGGCAACGAAAUACCUUUGGUCUUAAACACACGCAAUGUAGAGGAACAUUUGCCCAUAACAGUUAAUGAUCCAUUUCAUUAUUUGCAACAGUGUACAAAAGCUGAUAGUGAUCCAGAAAAUACACUAUCUGGAAUAGAGGAACUUAAGUUUCAAUUUGGUUUUGAUGAACCACAAAUUUCGUUAAUGAGUGUACGUUCACAAAUGGAGGAUAAUUCGUCUUGUAGUAGUGAAUUUGAAAAGUUAGCUUUAGAUCUAAUACCAGACAUGGCCCAUAACUUUGUAUCUUAUUUGAAAACAAUUAAAAUAUUCGAUAAACCUGAGCUGGAGAAACAAAUUGUCGAAGAAGCUUUAAAUGUUCUUCUCAAAACUCCCUAUUUUUACGACAUGGACAAAUAUAAAAAUUACACUCAAAUGGAUUGGAAUUCUUUACCUACAGACCCAAAAGAAAUCUACUGUAAUACAGAGAUUAUUCGCCUCAAACCAAAUACUGGAAAAGUCAUCUCAAUUGUUGUCAUACCAAAUGCAAUCGGCUAUCAUCACAAAUAUGUGGAGCUUAGAGUUUGUCCUCUCAUGCCAGCUACAUCAGGCAAUAGAAAUACUAAUUCAGUUAAAAUUGUUGAAACAGAUCAUAUGAUUUCUAAACUAUGGAUUGAAUAUAACUGUGCGAUACCAGAAAUCAUAUGGGACAAUGUCGUUAUUAUGCAGGAUAAGUUGUAUGCGGGAGAAUUUUAUGAUUUUCAAAUGUCAUUUGAAAAUAAUAGUUGUAUUGGUGGUUUUUUCUAUUAUGAUGUUAUUCCACAUUCCAAUUUGGGUAUCAUGAAAUUUCCAAAUAAUAAAUGGAAAUAUUUUAUUGAACCUGGUGCAAAAAUCUAUGUACCAUGUCAAGUAAAAUUUAAUAAAUUGGGUUUUAUAACGUUAGCUGGACUCAUAAAGUUUGUGGGAGUUAAUGCCUGUUAUCCAUUUCAUAUUAAAUCAGAAGUUUUGCCACCAAAAGUUAAUUUUCUACCUCGAUCUAUAGUAAAAACUGUCGAUGUUUUAGUAUUUUCAAAACUGUAUAUAUUUAUAGAAAAUGCUACACCCACCACUACGUGGUUUAAUCUAAAAUUGAAAGAUGAUACUGACAUAUCUAUAGAACCCUGCGGUGGUCAAUUGGCUCCCACUGGUCAAGCUAUGUAUAUUACUUUAAAUUUAUUGUAUAAAGAUCCCGGAACAUAUAAAAAUGUACUAUAUAUAACAAUGGAAUUUGCAACUAUAGAGAAAAUUCCCAUUACUAUAAAUGUCAAAGGCAUACCAAUCUUUUUUGAACCUGAGAUUCGUGCUAAUGUCUUGAAUAUUGGCAGCAUACUAUGUAAUACGGAAGAAGAUUAUUACGCAGAUAAGCCAAACUAUAUAAAAGUUAUAAAAGUGGUCAAUAAAGGAUUACGACAUUAUCGAUUAAGCAUUACACGAACUAAAUGUUCAGCUAAACCCACAUGCAGCAUUAAUUCAUCGAAAGUAAAACUAACUAUAAAACCUAAUAAUUUAAUAGUGCCUCCUUUAAUGGAAAAUAGUUUUAACAUAUUAAUAAACUGCUGUGAAUCAACGACAAUAUUCAGUGAAUUUCGAAUACAGUUAACUGAUCAGAAUGAUGUAAAACAUAUGGAAACGUCUAGCUUUAUAAUGACAGCAACAUUUAUUCUGCCACAGCUUUCGUGGAAUCGGCGAGAAAUUACUAUGAAUUAUUAUCGAACACAUAAGUACAAGGAGCACGAACAGUUUGAAACUGUAAAGCUUAGGAAUAUUACUGAGAAUAGUGUGGAUCAUGUAAAUAUAAAAUUAACUGGACCUUUUAAAAUAAAAGAAUUGUUUGAACAUAACUACGUAAAUGAAUUGUAUUUUUCGAUGGGAGGUUUAGAAACAAAAGAAUUUUUCAUUAUGUUGAAUAAAGAUCUUAUAAGAAAUCGUUUAAAUACCUAUUAUGAAGGAUGUAUAACAUGUUAUGCAAAUUCAAGAGUUCAGAAAUCGGUUCGUUUAAAAUUAAUGGUAUUUGUACCCAAAAUAUACCUGAAACAAAACCAGGUGACUUUAUUUACAAAGAACACCGAAGGUGGUACCUAUAUAGAACUUGUAAAUACCGGAGAAAUUCCAGCCAUUUAUAAAUGGAAAAAAUUAAAAGAGGAAUGCCAUUACAUAAGACAGGAAGAUGAUGCUCAGCAAGUUGCUUCUAUGAUUUUAUCUGAUCUUAUACAUAUGCUGGACCUGGAAAACAUUAAUAUCGAAGCAGAUUCAGAAUUAAAUAUGACACAUCGCUAUCAGAAAUUCAAAUGCAUUUUAAAGGAUUUAACUGACCCUAUUAAUAUCAAGGAGAUUUUAAAUGAAAUUAUAGAUAAUUUAGAUUUAAUCAAUAGACGCUAUAAAUUGUGUAACCAAGAGCCUAUAUCACCUUUGCCUGAGUGUUUCGAAAUAGAAAAUAAAUUUAGAAAUCAUAUCCAGAAUGAUAGUGAAAUCAUACAACGAUUUAACAGAUAUUCAACAGAUCAUAUACAUUCACAAAUUGAUGAUGCUUUGAAUGUGGAAAUUUCACAGCUUCAAGAAGAAUUUAAUGAAAAACUUGAUGGAAUUGAAGAUCAUUUUAAUUCGCAAACAAUAUUUGUGAAUCGCAAAUUUACAGCGAUUUCUUCUACAACGUCUGUUGCAGCCGGGGAGUUAUCGAAUGAAUACACUUGUGUUUAUCAUACUUUGGAUCACAUUUUGAGUCAUUUAAAACUAGAAGACAGUUAUGUAUUAUCAUUGCCGAGCACUGAAACCUGCGAUCUUAGGAACUCGGUAUAUUUUUUUGAUAAAUGUGGAGUAUUGCAAGCAAAUGAAAAGGAAAUGUGCGCUUUACAUAUUCCAGCCAUUAGAAAAGGUUUUGAAGUUCGUGCCCUAUUUCAAUUAUAUGUGGUUGGUGGAAAAUCCCAACAAUUAGAGAUGAUUUUAGUUAAUUUGGAUAAAACCGUUAUAUUAAGCAAAGAAAGCAUUUAUUUGGGUCUCAGGCCUUGGUAUGAACGAUAUCGCACUAAAUCCUAUGUUCAAAAUACAACUAAUUAUCAAAUUGCUUUAAAAAUCAAUAAAGUACCAAGACCUCUAGAGAAACUACCUAAACUCGCUACAGGAUAUAUCAAUAUAAUAGAAAACAAAACGCUUCAGUUAAUGCCUUUACAAAAUACUACCAUUCGAACUGAAGGUAUUAUGGGCUUUAAUGAGGAAUUUAAACAAGAAUUAAAUAUCAUUAUAAAUGAGAGUGAAGAAUUAAUAUUAAAUAUAAGUGGACAUGGAAUAAUGCCAAUGUUUAUUAUUUCUAAACCGUUACUACCACUUCUGGAGCAAGAUCCAUUUGAAAUUACCGAAGAAUAUCGUUUAUUACAAAAAAUAUUUUAUUUAGAAAUGUUUAAAUCAAUUACCGAACAAGAUGAAGGGUAUCCUAAAACAAUGGAUGAAGAGGAAAACUCAUUACAAGACAUUCAAAGUUUUGAGGCAGAUUCAAGUGAAACUGAAUAUGGAUCGGAAAGCGCUAGAACUUCUGGGGAUAUAAAAAGAGAACAACGUUUUUUUAGGCUUAUAAAAACCUAUAUUCUGGUAAAUAAUAAUGAAGAUUUACCAAAUUCUAGGAUUUUGGAACAAUUAUUGCAAACAGAAAAAUUUUUAAAUCAUUUACGUCACAACUCUGUAAGUUGUUCAAUUUUAAGCCGGCUCUAUGAAAACUAUUUACUGCAACGAAAUAGUUAUGAUGACAAAAUUGCUAUUAAUUUAAAACAUUUUACCAUACAAUCUCUACCAUUUCAAUUACGAACCCAUAUUUUAGAUAUGGACAAAGUAUAUUUAAAUCAAUAUUCAAAACUUAUGUUUGAAUUGGAGUUUAUUGGUGCUCCUGGUGAAUUAAUAGCAGCAGCUAGAUGUGCUCUUAAAAUUCCAGGACUAACGGUUGAUCUCGAAAUUGUGGAAAAUACCGAUAAUAACGAUUUUAUUUAUUAUCGCUCUGAAGAAAAAUUAUUUGCCUGUGAUAAACCCUAUCGCAAUAUAAAUGAACGUAACAUGGAUGCUGAAACCAAUCCCAAACUCAAACAUGCCCAUUCUUAUGAUAUAAAUCGUUUGCAACAACAUGAACGUAAUGUAACGAGAAAGGAACCUAAAUCCCUUAGGAACUAUUAUAAUAGUUUGAAUAAAUCCAUAUAUAUGGACCAGAAGUAUCAUUUUACACAUUGUAAAAUAUUUACAAAUACUGAAUGUAUUAUGUCGAAAGCAAGAAUCAAGGUUAUUGUACUAUUCCGGCCACAGAAGUCACAUUAUAAACAUAAUCAAAAUGUUGAGGAUUAUCUUUAUAUCGAUUUACAUAUGGGUCCAACACUUCCGAUAUUGCUACGAGCUGUGAUUAUUGAUAGAAAUCGUACCUAAACAUCAGAAUAUUUUAUAAACAAUUUUUGAAUCUAUUUUUUGUUUAUUUCUUUAGCUUAUUUUAUACAUUUAUUGAAAUAAAAUUAAAUAUUUU